UUAAUGGCGCGGGCGACGGACUCGGCGGGCUCUCUGGGCGGCCCGGCACCGAGCGAGCGAUCAUGUCGGGAACCCGCGCCUCCAACGACCGGCCCCUCGGCGCGGGCGGCGUCAAGCGGGGACGGCUGCAGCAAGAGGUGGCGUCGACCGGCUCCCGCGUGACCGUAGUGCUGGGUGCGCAGUGGGGGGACGAGGGUAAAGGCAAGGUGGUGGACCUGCUGGCCACGGACGCCGACAUCAUCAGCCGCUGCCAGGGUGGCAACAACGCGGGCCACACUGUGGUGGUGGACGGCAAGGAGUACGACUUCCACCUGCUGCCCAGUGGCAUCAUCAACAGCAAGGCUGUGUCCUUCAUUGGCAACGGGGUGGUCAUCCACUUACCUGGCUUGUUUGAAGAAGCAGAAAAAAAUGAGAAGAAAGGUCUCAAGGACUGGGAGAAGAGGCUCAUCAUCUCGGACCGAGCCCACCUUGUGUUUGACUUCCACCAGGCGGUGGACGGGCUGCAGGAAGUCCAGCGGCAGGCACAGGAGGGAAAGAACAUCGGGACCACCAAAAAGGGGAUCGGCCCAACCUACUCCUCCAAAGCAGCCCGGACUGGCCUGCGGAUUUGCGACCUCCUCUCAGAUUUUGAUGAGUUCUCUGCCAGAUUCAAAAUCCUGGCCCGUCAACACCAGUCCAUGUUCCCCACACUGGACAUUGACGUGGAAGGCCAGCUGAAACGGCUCAAGGGCUUCGCAGAGCGGAUCCGGCCCAUGGUGCGCGACGGGGUAUAUUUCAUGUAUGAGGCUCUCCAUGGCUCCCCGAAGAAGAUCCUCGUGGAAGGAGCCAACGCAGCGCUCCUGGACAUUGACUUUGGGACCUACCCAUUUGUAACAUCUUCCAAUUGCACCGUCGGGGGCGUGUGCACAGGCCUGGGCGUGCCCCCACAGAACAUCGGUGAGGUCUAUGGUGUGGUAAAAGCAUACACCACUCGAGUGGGCAUCGGUGCCUUCCCCACUGAGCAGAUCAACGAGAUCGGAGAACUGCUGCAGAAUCGCGGGCACGAGUGGGGCGUGACCACGGGCAGGAAGCGGCGCUGUGGCUGGCUGGACCUGGUCAUCCUCAGAUACGCCCACAUGAUCAAUGGCUUCACCGCGCUAGCGCUGACCAAACUGGACAUCCUGGACGCACUGGAUGAGAUCAAGGUCGGCGUCUCCUACAAGCUGAAUGGGAAGCGGAUCCCAUAUUUCCCAGCCAACCAGGAAAUCCUUCAGAAGGUGGAGGUGGAGUAUGAAACCCUGCCAGGGUGGAAGGCAGACACCACAGCUGCCAGGAAGUGGGAGGAUCUCCCAGCCCAGGCCCAGAGCUACAUCCGGUUUGUGGAGAACCACGUCGGGGUGGCAGUCAAGUGGAUCGGUGUUGGCAAAUCCAGAGAGUCGAUGAUCCAACUGUUUUAA